AGAAGACAACUUAUUCUGUUGCCGUGUCGUCACUGCGAAGUGGAAUCUCCAGUGCAUUCAUGACAUUAAUCAAGGUAUUAAAAUCGUCUGCGUUUAUUCAUAGAUAUUACUAAUUUAUAUAUUCAAAUCAUUGUCAUAUUGUUUGUUGAGAAAAAAUCUCCUCUUAUUUCUUUAGUCAUUUCGACAGUGUCUAACCAGUUUGCCUUUUAUAAACCUUAAGAUUAAGAGAUGGCAAAAAACUGUCUGACUUUUUUCUAAAACGUUGGGAUUGAAGAUUAGACUCGACAGACUAGUUAUUGAUGAGUUUCGUGGUUCCAGAGUCAGUAUAUGUUUGACUCUCAAGCGUCUCUAAAGUGAGCGGAACGAAAUGAAGACGACUGUGUUUCUCCUCUUCAGCGCCAUGCUUUUGGCCACUGCGAAAGCUGAUGGCGCUCCUUUGACUGAUCCUGAAGACUUAUCAGCGACCACAAGUGAUCCUGGCUGCGUCUUGGUGUCCUGGAAGGCCGUGCCUGAGGACAAACACAACGGUGAGGGAUUCCAUUACUCGGUCUUCUGGACCAAGGAUGUCGAGUACGAGACGCAUCACGUAGAUGUGCACGACUGGACGCAAACUAGGUGCAAAGUGUGCGAUUUGGAGCCGAAUACUCUCUAUCGCUUUACUGUUUUGUCUCGCAACAAAAAUGGCGGAGUUGAUGACGAAAGCGACAAGGAAAACUACGUGAAGGUCACAUCCGGCUAG